AUCUCUUCCUUUUGAGAAAACUCCACAAUCUUCCCUGAUCUCCACAAGUCUCUCUUUCUCUAAUGGCUCGAACAUCUCUUGCUCUCUUCAUGCUCCUGCUUCUAUUCACUUCUUCUACAAACGGCCGGAAACUGUUAAACAACCCGGAUUCCGGCAGCAAAAACGAAGCAUCACCGGUGGAAUUCAUGAGUUUAUAUCUAACUUCCCUUCCAAAGGGCACCGUACCGGCCUCUGCUCCCAGCAAAAAGGGUCAUGCUUCAACCACCGACGAAAAACUCAUCACCCGCCACCUCAUCACCGUCGACCGGAUCCUCCGCUCUGUCCCCAGCCCCGGCGUCGGCCACUGAUCACUUCUCAUUUUCCUUCUACAUUUUUUUAUUAUACAUACGAUUAGUUUUGUGGGUUUAUUGUUAUUUAAUUCUUUCUUUCUCUCCAUCAGUAUCAGAAUAGAAUCAUAGAGAGACCAUAGGUGUAUAUAUAUAUAUACACACACAUAUAUAUA